CCCCGUCCUCUGUAUUCCCAGGACUGUCCGGAGGAGAAGGUCCCAGAGAAUCCUCAGAUGACAAAUCAAGAAGAAGAUCUGAUUAUUAUUAAAGUGGAGAAUGAAGAAGAGAGGAUGAUGGGCGAUCCCCCGUGUAGGAGUGAGGUGGAGGAGGACAUUCCAGGAGAUGUCACCACAGAAAAUCCCAGCAAGAAUUCUAUGGGAAAUGUCAUGGUAUCAGCAGAUUAUAAAGCAGAAGAUAUCAUGCAGCACCCGUCAGGAGAAAACUUUAAUGUGCAUCCAAGACUUCACAGUACAGAUCUAUCAUAUAAUCCCCCUAAUCAUGAGGAACCUUCUCCUAGCCAGUCACAAAUUGUUACCACAAGUACAGGUCAGAAAGAGCUUCAGCAUGGGGAACAGUUCAGAAAAAUCUCAGGUAUUUCUACAGACAGAAGAAUUCACACAGGAGAGAAGCCAUAUUCAUGUUCAGAAUGUGGGAAAUGUUAUAAAGACAAAUCAAGUCUAGUUUGCCAUGAGAGAAUUCACAAAGGAGAGAACCUGUAUUCAUGUUCAGAAUGUGGGAAAUGUUUUGCAAAAAAAUUACAUCUUGUUACACAUGAGAGAAGUCACACAGGAGAAAAGCCAUAUUUAUGUUCAGAAUGUGGGAAAUGUUUUAGAGAUAAAUCAAGUCUUGGUAGACAUAAGAAAAUUCACGUGGGUGAGAAGCCGUAUUCAUGUUCAACAUGUGGGAAAUGUUUUAUACAGAAAUCAAGUCUUGUUACACAUCAGAAAAUUCACACCGGAGCAAAACCAUAUUCGUGUUCAGAAUGUGGGAUGUGUUUCACAGAAAAAUCAAGUCUUGUUACACAUAAGAGAAUUCACACAGGAGAGAAGCCAUAUUCAUGUUCAGAAUGUGGGAAAUGUUUUAUAGAUAAAUCACAUCUUAGUAAACAUGAGAGAAUUCACACCGGAGAAAAACCAUAUUCAUGUUCAGAAUGCGGGAAACGUUUUACACAAAAAACAGAUCUUGUUAGACAUGAGAGAAUUCACACAGGAGCGAAUCUGUAUUCAUGUUCAGAAUGUGGGAAAUGCUUUGCACAAAAAUCAAAUCUUCUUAAACAUUAUAAACGUCACACGGAAGCAAAACCAUUUUCAAAUGUCUUAACAUACCAGGUUAUGCCCUGAUCUUAAAUACUGUAAAUAAGAAGGUUUAUUUUUUGGUUGGAAUUAUCCUGGCUCUCCCAGACGACUGAAUUCUAUUUCUCUGAGAUUAACUGUGACCGGCGUCCAUGGAGGAAAACGUAUUGUGGCUAUAAGGAAGAGAAGAAGAGCCUUGUUUACUUCCAGAGCAGUGAAGAUGAACUGUCCCCAUGAACCUUUGCUUCUUAUCACUGUAUUCAUACCUCUGCCAAAGUAAUAAUGGCACCAAUGCUGAAGGACACAUCAAUCGAUAUCAGCUAUACAAUCCCGGUGGAGCUAUCAUGGCGAUCUGCAGUCUGCAAAAAAUAUCUAGAAGUCCUCAGUUAGCGAAAGGUUAUUUCAUAGUCUCUGUGGAGUCCCGGGGUUAUAAUAUGUCUGAUGGACGGCUGCAGAAAGCCUCUCUAAUAAAAGUUUUUUU